UAGAAUUGGAAUGAAGAAGUGCGCGAGUUAAAUAUAUAAUAAAUACAACCACGCUUUCCCGAUGGGGAUGUGCGAAUAAGAGUUUGAGCACUGGAAUGGUAAACUAAAAGGAAGCGUGUAUCCUUUGCGGCAUUGGUUGUUAAGGUGUAUGCAUGCAAAGUUGAGAUAAUGGAUGAAAUGACAUCAGCUGUCAUUAAUUUAAUGAAAACUACAUCUGAUUGGGUGACUAUUGCAUUUGAAGCUCCUUUCGCUCGGGCUGUUGUUUUUGGAGUGCAUAUUGGAGGACAUCUAUUUGUUGAGGGUCUUCUCGUAGUGGUUAUCCUCUUCCUACUUUCACAAAAAAGUUACAAGCCACCUAAAAGACCACUAACGAAGAAGGAAAUAGAUGAGCUCUGUGAUGAAUGGGUUCCAGAAUCCCUUAUUCCUCCUAUUACAGAAGAGAUGAAGUAUGAACCUCCCGUAUUGGAAAGUGCUGCAGGGCCGCAUACAGUAAUCAAUGGCAAAGAAGUUGUCAACUUUGCUUCAGCAAAUUACCUUGGGUUAGUUGGGCAUGAGAAGCUACUUGAGUCAUGCACAUCAGCAUUGGAGAAAUACGGUGUCGGUUCUUGUGGUCCUCGUGGGUUUUAUGGAACAAUUGAUGUUCACCUUGACUGUGAGGCCAAAAUAGCGAAGUUUUUGGGAACUCCAGAUUCCAUACUCUAUUCUUAUGGACUCUCCACUAUGUUCAGUGCAAUUCCAGCUUUCUGCAAGAAAGGAGAUAUUAUUGUUGUGGAUGAGGGUGUACAUUGGGGAAUACAAAAUGGACUUUACCUCUCUAGAAGUACAAUUGUCUACUUCAAGCACAAUAACAUGGAAUCUUUGAGGAAUACUUUGGAGAAAUUUACAGAAGAAAAUAAACGAGCUAAGAAGCUAAGGCGCUACAUUGUGGUUGAAGCUGUGUAUCAGAAUUCCGGGCAAAUUGCUCCAUUGGAUGAGAUCAUCAAACUGAAGGAGAAACAUCGCUUCCGAGUUCUAUUGGAUGAGAGCAACUCAUUUGGUGUGCUUGGCAAUUCCGGAAGAGGUCUAACCGAGCACCAUAGGGUUCCGAUUGAGAAGAUAGAUAUCGUAACUGCUGCCAUGGGACAUGCUUUGGCCACAGAAGGUGGAUUCUGCACUGGAAGUGCCCGAGUCAUUGACCACCAACGUCUCAGCAGCUCUGGCUAUGUCUUCUCUGCCUCCUUGCCCCCAUACCUAGCAAGUGCUGCAAUUACUGCUAUUGAUGUCUUGGAGCAAAAUCCUGAUUUGAUUACAAAGCUAAGGAAGAAUAUCACCAUACUAUGUAGAGGAUUGUCAGAUAUACGAGGCCUUGAGAUUGUGAGUGAUCCACAAUCCCCUAUUGUUUUUCUCAGAUUAAAGAAAUCCACAGGUUCCUCGAAUGAUUUAUCAUUGCUUGAAGAUAUUGCUCACCGUGUGUUGAAGGAAGACUCUAUUUUUGUGGUGACUUCCAAGAGAUCCAUGCUUGAUAAAUGUAGUCUGUCUAUCGGAAUUAAGUUGUUUGUCUCGGCCGCUCAUACAGAAUUAGAUUUGACGAAAGCUUGUGAAUCACUGAAAAGAGUUGCAUCAUUGGUCUUGAUAGCUCGUGAGUAAAUGUCACAGUUUAGAUCUCACUUUUUGGGGGCAUUCAUAAUCGAACCGUUUCUGUGAUGCAAGCCAACCACAGUAAGAUAGGAUAAUAUUGUUUCACGCUUUCUAUUAAGCUUGGGUUAGUGAAUUUUAGUUUUGAAUUACAUUGCUUGUGAUUUCUAUCAUAUGCAACUUGCAAUAGAGUGAUUACAAUGUAAUAUUUUCUCGAGAUAACUAGGUUUUAAAGGUUGAUUAUCCAUCAAUGCUCUUCUUUUUCUCUUGUACUUUUUACUUUUUUGACUAAUAGAAAGUAAAAUUAUUGAGUGUUCU